AUGGACGAAGAAGAUAUGUUGCAGCCCAGUUGGACUCUCUCUUGUGUUAUCGCUGGCCUGGUUGGUAUUUUGAUUAUAGUUUACACAGCUUUCCAGUGGACAAGAAAUAUUAACUUAAGUUGGAUGAAAGCGGUAGCGCUGUCAAAGAAAAACCCUAAGGCCAAGCAUAAGAUUCCUGGAGCUUCUCAUACUUGGGAUCUGGAAUCUUGUUGCUUGUGGUGCCAACGACUCCUUCAUGUGGACUGUCACGGUAGCAUAUCUAAUAAAACUGAUAAAAUUUGUGAUUUAGGAUCAUUCAGAAGGUUGAUUCUCUCACCUCUUUAUGUUAAGAAAUUGAACCCCAGUUCUGGUUUUCUGAGCUCAAUCACACAUGGUGCAAAUGAGUUAGCUUCUUCAGUAUGGGAAACCAUUAGGAGUCAGAGAAAGAAGCACAAGCAUAAUAAUAAAACCACAGCUGCUACUGGUAGUAAUGGUAGCAUCUGUGACACAUCGACAGUGGGCACUGCUGAUACCCCACAAAAUGUAAAUGGUUCUCAUGCUAUAGAAAAGAACUGCAAUGAUACGAAAACAGAGUCAAAGCCUCGUGCAAAAAGAAAUGGAUCAAUUGAUCAGAAGGACGAGUCUCAAGCAUCAAGGAUGAAGCAAAGAUAUGAGCUGACUGAUUUACCACCAGAAUCGAUAUCGUUACUGGUUUUCAUCAAUAAGAAGAGUGGUGCCCGGCAUGGAGAUUCCCUCAGGCAGCGCUUGAACCUUCUUUUGAAUCCUGUUCAGGGACCAGAGAUGGGUCUCUUUUUAUUCAGAAAGGUUCCUCAUUUUAGGAUACUUGUAUGUGGUGGGGAUGGUACUGUUGGCUGGGUUCUUAACGCAAUAGACAAGCAAAAUUUUGUUUCACCACCUCCAGUUGCUAUUCUCCCUGCUGGAACUGGAAAUGAUCUGGCCAGGGUACUGUCAUGGGAGGUGGCUUGGGCUCUCUGGAAAGACAAGGGGGACUCUGCACGGUAUUGCAGGACAUAGGGCAUGCUGCAGUGACUAUUCUUGACCGCUGGAAAGUAGCUAUUCUGAACUAACAGGGGAAGCAACUUCAAUCUCCAAAAUUUAUGAACAAUUAUCUAGGGAUUGGACGUGAUGCGAAGGUCGCUUUGGACAUUCACAACUUGAGAGAGGAGAAUCCCGAGAAGUUCAAUAAUCAGUUACCUCAAUAUUCCUGCAGUUUAUGAAUAAAGUGCUUUAUGCAAGAGAAGGUGCUAAGAGUAUAAUGGACGGUACGUUUGCGGACUUUCCUUGGCAAGUUAGAGUAGAGGUGGAUGGUGUUGAGGUAGAGGUACCUGAGGUAUGGAUGCUAGCUUUUAUUUGUGAAAAUGUGGAGACUAUGUGAUAAUUGUUCAGAAUAGUUUAUUUCUUAACAUUUCCAAUUAUACACACACAUAUAUGUACAUGUUUGUAUAUAUUUCAGAAAUAUUAAAAAAUCAGAUCAAAUACACAGCUGUUGCUUCUAAC